GACGUCAAAGCCGUCGAAACGCAGCUAGAAGAAUACGCAACACAGUGUCUCAAAGAUAUAUCAGAUCAUUUCCUACAACUACACAGUUUUUUACAAAAUGAGGAACAUCGUAUUUUAGAAGAAUUCCAUAGUCAAUGUUUAAAACCGCAACAGACAAUACGCGAUUCAUUUUCAAAACUAGGCGAAUCCCAAAGCAUUUUAAAUAAAAUGCGCUCCGAAUUAGAGCUAUAUCAGCACAAAGUACCCACGGAUAUUCAUCUACGUAAUAUUUUCGAAAUUUACAAUGUCCAAUUGGAACAGAUAGAAUGUCGAGCACAAAUAUCGAAAGUUACCAAAAAUCCUUUUAUCUUUGAGGUGAAAUACGAUUUUCGCAAAGAUUUUUCCAAGUCUUUCAUUUACGAUUACAACGAUCCACAGCUUAAAAUACGGCUAGCUUCCGUAUAUAGUGACUUGAAUCAAACUUUCCGCGAUAUAAAAUCAGAUUCAAGCGAUGAAAUGGAUGUAGACUGUUACAUUGAAAAGCACAAGCGCAAAAAUAAUGAACGAAAUAAAAAGAAAAAGCUGGCACUACGACGCAAUGACAAUGAAGAUGAAGGAUCCAAUACAUCGGACACUGAAGCAAAACUGCCGUUAUUGCGCGACAAGGAAUUGGUGCGAAUUAGCCAUGUAAAAUCGCCCGAACAUUUCUUUGUACAAACUAAGAAUGCGAUAAGCGUAAUACGUGAACUCUCUAAUAAGUACGUGAAUUUCAUGCAAACCGAUGUUAUACCUAAGCUAAUCGCUGAGGGUCAAUGUUAUAUGAUAUACCAUGCCGAUGAUAAGCAAUGGUAUCGUGCUAUGGUGAAGAAGGCACUAUCGCAAGAUCUAUAUAGAGUGUUCUUAGUCGAUAUAGGUUUCCAUGUAGAGAUGCCGAAAGAUAGAUUCUGUGAAAUCGAUACAAAAUCUCUUAGCAUUCCCUUUGGCGCUAUCCGUUGCGCCAUUCAUGAUAUAAUGCCUGCCGGAAAGACAUGGAAUGAGGAGGCUAAUAAUUUACUAAUCGAAAUCACACGUAAUCAUUUCGUACGCAUCAGUAUUAUCCAGCGCAUCAAGGAGAAUGUGCUCUCAGUGGAUCUAAUUACAACUUCAUCUGAAGAAGCCAUUUCGGUGCGAGAUUCUUUUUUAUACACGGGCCUGGCGCGGGAGAUGUCAGGUACAGCGGACAUGCCGUCACCACUUAAGAAAAUAUCUCCCGUGGCGCGUACAAAUCAAAGAUUGCCAAAAUAUAAUUUUCAUAAUGGGGAUAUUUUGUCCGUAAAAGUGACGCAUAUCGAAAGUCCACAUUUGUUCUACGUUAUAAAGACGGAUGCCAUUGAAGCAGCAACGAUUCUAAAUUCCGAUUUGAAUUAUAAAUACCUUCACUUAAAAAUGCCUUUACAACCUCUUUUUGUGGCUCCAUUACAAAUGGGUUGCGCUGUGCGCAUCGAUGGCGUUUGGCACCGCGCACGCAUUGAGGAAAUACGCGGUGGUGGUAAAAUUUGCGUACACCUCGUAGACGAAGGCACACAGCAAGAUGUCGAUUGGCGCCAAAUUCAUCCGCUUAUCAGCAAAUUUCGCUCUGAAAAGGAAUUUGCCAUUAAGUGUACCUUGGCCGAUGUCGAACCGCUGCAAGUGAAUAACUAUGCUUGGACCUCAGAAGCUAUACGUGAAUUCAACCAAUUGGCUGCUAAUCCCAUUUUACAGAUGAUCGUACUAUCAACAGAUAAAGCUACAGCACGUGUUUCACUGCAUGUGUGCAAAAAACAUAUGGAUAUAAAUGUAGGUGCGAUAUUGGUUAAAUAUGGACAUUGCAUAUCGACGGGCGAUAGUUCUCAAUUGGUUGAAAUUUCCAAGACAUCAAAGAAACGCCUGAGUUUGCCUAUGAAUCCAUUAUUCGAUACAAUGCAUUUGAAUGCCAACUUGAAGGGUAAAGAUGUGUCUUUGCAAGAUAAUAAUCCAAUUGCGGGUGCAGCUGGCGGCAAUAGCAACCCAGUGAAGGUGCUGAAACGCACACCAAUUAAGAUUAUGCACAUCGUGGAUCCUGGCGAGUUUUAUAUACAAGUGUCCAGCCUCUUAACGGGCAUUAAAAAAUUCCACAAUCAAUUGCAACAGGCACAAAACGAAGAACAAUCUAAUGCAUCAAGCUUCUCCCUUUGCUCACAAGGUACAAGAAAUUGGUUUGUCGGUAAUCAUUGUUUGGUGCAUACGCAAUAUAAAAUUAAUACAAUCAAGCAAUCAAAAUCUUCGACCGCUCAGCCCGAAUGGUUCCGUGCUAUUAUAGUGGCGAUAACAUCCGAAAUUGAAUGUGAUAUAUAUACUGUAUUCUUACGGGAUAUUGGUGCUACUAUAUCCGGUAUUACCAGUGACCAGCUCAGAGUUAUAGACCAUCAAUGGGAUCAAGUUACAAAUUCGGCGCAUCGCUGUCACUUGGCAUGUGUCGAGCCAACGGGUGGUACGCCGACUUGGUCCCAUUCGGCCAUCGACUGUUUCAAGCAUACUGUCACCUCAUUCGAAACACUUUCGGCUACAUUGCAAGGAAAACGCACGCCUGGCUCGAAUUCAUUGCCCAUUGUACUUUGGGGUACAAUCACCGAAACCGAAGAUCCCUUAGCGCCAUGUAUCUCGAAACAUUCAAUAAUCAAUCGCAUUUUAGUUAAAGCAGGUCUCGCGCAUUCAGUGCAACGAUUGGAUGUUACAGAACAACUUGACAAAUUACUGCAAAUGGAGUUGGUUGAGGGUGAAAUUACCUUAGAGGAGUGGAAUAAGAAUUUUGCAACCAAUGCCGCAUUGAAAGAAAUCGAUCGCCGUGCACAGCAGCCAGCAACUGACCUUGUUAUAGCCGAUACUGAUAAUUCUGUCAAGGAUGCAUAUCGUGAUUGUAAACACUUCCCUGAUCUGGAUUUCACCUUAAAUGACGAAAUAAAUAGCAAGACCUGCGGUGAAGUCAAAAUUUUUACAUCGAAAGCGCCUGAAGCUUGGCUUCAAUCUAAACCAAUUGACAAGUCCAUUUUUGCUGCCAUGCCGACCUAUGUUGACUAUGAGGCCAUCAUUUAUUUGCACGAUGCUAACGAUGAAGAUCUACUAAACGAAAUGCGAGCAAAAAUCAUGAAAAUCUAUGGCGAAUAUCAGUUGCCAAAAGAUUUCGUUGCUAUGUACACACCCGGACAGGGAUGUUUGGUGCGGUAUCAUGUGGAUACACGCUUAUAUCGUGGCAUUAUACAAGAAGAAAAGACGGAUGGUUACGUUGUACAAUUUAUUGACUACGGCAAUGUGGAGUCAGUUAAAUACCAAGACUUACGUCCGUUUGCGCCAUUCCCUAAGUUGCCCCGAUUAGCCCAUAAAUAUCGAAUCGAAGGUAUUUGUGCCAAGUCUAACGAUGGAGCUUACACCACGGAUGUGCUUGAUUUUAUACAUGUCACCGUUGUUGAAAAACUGGUUUCGAUACGCGUGGAACCCGGUGAACUACUAAAACCAAUCAAGUCAUGUAAUAUGCGUCUGGGCAACAUGGAUGUUGCAGAAUAUCUUGUUAAUUCUGGACAUGUACAACGAGUAACAUCAGCCACCCGUCCAGCAUAUAAAAAUAAAGAGUCCAAUAUGGGUAAAGAACAGGAAAGCCAAUUAAAGCAGCUGGCUAAUAUUGGCAUGGCUACUAACAACGACGAAGAUGAUGCCGUUGACAAAGUUAUGCACAACGUAAAGGCUGACAAAAUGGUAAGUUAAAGUAAUCUCGAAGCGCAAGAGAAUUCCACGCACAGCAUAAGAAUUUCUCAUUCUCAUUUCUCAUAAAAACUCAUAAGCAAACUUAAGUAAUAUGUGUCAUCAAGUC